ACUUUCCUUUACGAUGACUCUUCGAUGUCUGAUGGCAGUCUCUACGCAAGUGAUCAAGAAAAUCUGUCUACGCCACGAAAAAGAUCGGACUGUCGACGCCUCCACAAGCGUCGGUCGCGUUGUCCUCAGCAGCAGAUGCAGCAACGGCAGGCGGCCAAUCUCCGCGAGCGCAGACGCAUGCAAUCAAUAAACGACGCCUUCGAGGGGCUGCGAGCUCACAUUCCCACUCUACCCUACGAGAAACGCCUCUCCAAAGUUGACACUCUGAAGCUCGCUAUUGGCUACAUUAGUUUCUUGGGUGAACUGGUACGAACAGAUCGCAGUAUUUCAGACACCAUGCUGUCUGGGGUCGGCAACGUUCAGAAUAAGGAAGAACAGAAAAAGGUGAUCAUCCGUGCUCGGCAAAUCUUUGAUUCAACGGGAGUUCCGACCGUAGAGGUAGAUAUGGUUACGGAACUCGGUCUCUUCAGAGUUGGCGUACCAAAUACUGAUGUGAAAAAGAUUGCUGAGGCAGUGCAGUUGCGUGAUAAUAAUCCUUCUGAAUACCUGGGAAUGGGGGUAACCAAUGCUGUUAAAAAUAUUAAUACGAUAAUCGCUCCGGAACUUAUAAAACAAAACUAUGAAGUCACAAUGCAAAAAGAAAUAGAUCAAUUCAUGUUGGCUCUUGAUGGUACCGAAACUAGAUCAAGACUCGGAGCUAACGCUAUUAUGUGUGUUUCAAUGGUUGUUGCCAAAGCUGGAGCAGCGAAAAAAGGAAUGCCUCUAUACAGACAUAUUUCCGACAUGGCCGAAGUCACCUCCAUAAUAAUGCCUGUUCCACAUUUCACGAUACUAACUGGUGGAGUACUAACCUCUAAUGAAUUGCCUUUUCAAGAAUAUUCAAUAAUGCCCACAGGUGCUUCUUCAUUUUCCGAAGCGUUGCGACUAGGUACUGAAAUUUAUCAAUACGUCAAGAAAACUAUAAUUUCAAAGUUUAAAAUGGAAGCAUCAUACGUAAGCGAUAACGGCGGUUUUUCUAUUCCAUUGCGAAGUAACAGAGAUGCUUUAAUUUUUCUAACGGAUGCUAUCAAACAGUGCGGAUACACUGGUAAAGUAGAAAUUGCUUUAAACGCCUCCGCUACGGAUCUAUUUAAAGAUGGAGCAUAUGACUUGGAGUUUAAAAAUCCCAACACCAAUCCUCAAGACUACAUGUCCUCCGAUAAGCUUGCUGAAUUGUAUCUUGAAUCUAUGAAAGAGUUUCCGGUAUGCUCAUUCGAAGAUGCUUUUGAUUACGAUGAUUGGGCUGCUUGGUCCACACUGACCUCUCGCACUCAAGCUCAAUUAUUUGGAAAUGAUUUGACUCAGACUAAUCUUAGAAGAGUAGGGUUGGCUGUAGAAAAACGAGCUGGUAAUACUUUAGGUAUCCGUAUCAACCAAUCGGCAACACUCACGGAAUUAAUAGAGGUAUUCAAGUUGAUAAAAACAAGUGGAUUUGGUGCCGUAGUAUGUGACAGAUGGGGUGAUACGGAUGAUCUAUUCCUCGCUGAUUUGGUGGUUGGGCUUUCCGCUGGCCAGGUAAAAUGUGGCGCUCCUGCCCGAUCUGAACGAAUGGGAAAAUACAACCAGAUUUUAAGGAUUGAGGAGGAACUAGGUGCGUUAGCAAAAUACGCAGGAAAAAAUUACCGCGGUUCACUUUAAUUUCCUUUUUUUUCUCUCGAACUAAAAGAAAAAAUAGUCGACGAAGUAAACUCCGUGUAUUUGGAUAUUCAUGAUUUGUGGUACUCUUAAAUGCAUGACAAGCGGUGUAAUUACCGGAAAUGUUCAAUAUGUCCAUUGUGAUAUAGUCCUAAACUGUUAUUAAUGCACUUGUAUAAAUGUUCGUCAUACUGUAGGGGUGUGCUAUUUAAAAAUAUCGAUGUCUUCUCAAAAAAUAAAAAAUUAUACGUU